AUGUAUGCAAAGUGCAGUAGUGUAAAUGAUGUUUUUCGAGCAUUCUCAAACAUGGACGAACAAGAUUUUGUCACAUGGAGCACCAUGAUGGCAUCGUAUGCACAACAUGGGCAUGGUGAAGAAGCUCUGAAGCUUCUCUCAGAAUUUCAAGAUAGGUCAUCAGUUCCAGUCAAUGAUUUCAUCUUGUCUAGCCGCCUAUCAGCUUACGCUAGUUCGGUCAGUUGCGGCAUCAUCGAUAUGUAUUGUAAAUGUAGAAGCAUUGAAGAUGCACGCAAGUUUUUCGAUAAGAUAGGGGGACAUAAUAUGGUGUCCUGGACAGCAAUGGUGUCUGGAUACGCCCAUCACGGGCUCGGAAAGGACGCUCUUGAGUUGUUUGACAAGAUGAAAGAGGCCGGAGUGGAGCCUGAUAGCAUUACCUUUGUUGGGGUUCCGUCGGCAUGUAGGCAUGUUGGGUUUGUAAAGGAAGGCGGACAUCACUUUGAGUCCAUGAAGAAUGACUACGGUUUGGACACAACAUUAAACCACUAUGCGAGCAUCGUCGAUCUUCUCGUUCGAGCUGUGGAUGAAGCAGAGGCCUUUAUAAACAAGGCGUCAUUCCAAUCAAAAGCUCUCCUGUGGAGGACACUACUUACUGCCUGCGGCAAGCACAUGAAUGUCGAAGCAGGAAACUGGAUCGCUGAAAUACUAGCCAAGUUGGAACCAGAUCAACCUUCCACUUAUGUCUUGUUAUCAAACAUUUAUAGAUCAGCUUCAAUGUAG